UGUAGAAAGUAACAGUUUCGGUCAGAAGCAUAUGCUUCUGUUGCUUAUUGCAGUCCUUUGUCCUUUUAGGGUUGUCUUACGUUGCAUACGGUACCAUAUGUCGGAAUUCCGCAAGGAGUAACGCUUCAUAAAUAGCAUAGACAUAGCCCUGAAAACAACAAUAGUUACAAAUGACGCCGCCUAAAAGCAAAAAGCCUAGAACUGGUGCGCUUUCGCACGUCAAACUUCAAGCUUUUGCGGACGAGCCCAGCGACGAUGAACCAGAUCCCGUUGUGCUGGCUAACGAGCUGAAGGAUCGCGGGCAGGCUGCUGCUGCGGAGGGCCGCUUCUCCGAGGCCCGGCCGCUGCUGGGGCAGGCGGUGCGGCUGCUGCCGGGGUGCGCCGAGCUGCAUGAGCUGCACUCGCAGGUGCUCCGGGAGCUGGGCAGCUCCUGGGAGGCGGUGCGGGCCGCGGGGCGGGCGGUGCAGCUGCGGCCCACCUGGGCUGAGGCGCACCUGGCGCUGGGGCGGGCGCAAGUGAACCUGGGGGAGCCCGUCCUAGCGGAGGCAUCCUAUGAGCGAGCACUGGAGUGUUGGCAUGCGGGUGGCGAGCAGCAUCCCCCUGAGGAGCCCGCCGCCGCCGCCGCACCUUCCCCCUCCGCCGCCGCCCCUCCCCCCUCCGCCGCCUCCUCCAGCUGGGAUGCGGUGGUGGUUUCGGAGCUGCGGGAGGUCCGGGUGCUGGCGGCUCGUCAGCGGGCACUGGGGCCGGGGGUGCGGGCGCAUGUUGUGGCCGGGGGUGGGGAGGGUGUAGCAGGAGAGGGAGAAGGAGCAGUAGGGCAGGGAGCAGUAGGGCAGGGCGCAGCAGUGAAGUCUGUAGGAGGAGAAGAAGAGGGAGCAGCAGGCCCAGCAGCAGCAGGGCAGGGCGCAGCAGGGCCGGGCGUUGGAGUUGGAAGCGGGGGCGGAGGAGCGUCUGAGUCGGGCAUGGAGGCGGGUGGGGAGGAGCAGGGA